CUGUACCAAAAUGAACAGAAUUCGUUCUUUGUCCUUAUCGAUAGUAAAGAUUAACAAUAGCGAUAACACUACACGUGUUUUUCGAUAACAAAAGUGAAUAAUCCAGUUUCGUUUCCUUUACAAUUGGGAUCAAAACACUCGCACGGACAUCUUCAAAAUCGAACGGAAUUUUAGAAUUUUCGAUUCGAAACCAAAAAGUCUUACGUGGGUGGACUGUGACAUUAGGAAGUUUUACAUAGGUUACGUUUUUUUAAACAAGUACAAGAAAUUUGAGGUAGGAGAUAAGCGGAAUGCUGGUGGGAAGAGGACACCUGCUGGAAAAUUUAGCAAUUGUUCAAGGUUACGUAGAUAAAGCGGCGUAUAUGAAGGAGUAACGUCAGGGCGGAACGACGUCUUAGAAAAUGAUCCGUUUGUGGAUUACAUUGGCGCUUUUGAGCGGAGGUUGUUGGGCCUUCAGUUACAAAGACUGCGGCAAGAAAGACAGGACCAUCGUCUUCGAUUCGCUAAAGUUACAACCCUCUCCGAUUCCUCUGCCCGGGGAAGUGAAAGUGGGAGUCAAAGUCACGCUUUCGGAGGACAUCCCCACCGAGGCAAAAGUCAAGCUGAAGAUGGUCAGAAGAAUUAGGGUGUUCGGUCAACCCGUAGAUAUUCCUCUUCCCUGCAUGGGCGACGUGGGUUCCUGCACCUGGACCGUCUGCCCUUAUCUGAAGGAGCACGAGGAUCGUGCCUGUCCAUUCUUUCCCGCAGAUAAAAAGUGCGAAUGCCCCAUCGCCGCGGGUACUUACGAAGGCAAAGAAGUGACGGUACCCAUGGCCGACUUCGGAACCUUGAUGAACCAGAUGAUCGCGGGUGAAUAUGCUUUCGAAUUUCGAGUGAUUCAUAAGAAGAAGGAGCUGGGUUGCUUGAAGAUGGACUUGGAAUUGAAGGCUAAAAAGAAAAAUUAGCGAAGACAACCCUAAAUGUAAAUUUGCUAAUAAAUCCAAAGAAAAAACGUUCUUAUAAUUUAUAUACACGAAACAAUGAAACGCAUUUUGUCCCGGUAUUACGUCAUGGGUAGGCAUUGGAAUUAUUGAAAGUAAUUAAGUCCACGUAUUUAUAAAUAGAAAUAUAGAAUACAAA